UUCGCUUGGCUGUCAGUCGGAAGUUGAGUCUGCCACGUCGAAGACAGAACGAGGUUCGGAGUUAGACAGCUCUCGGUGAACGUUGGAUUGUGAGAGGUCGACAUGGCCGUAUCUGGCUAAUUACAACACCACAAUGGAGGCUUGUGAGACUUUUGAGACGGACGACGUACUUGAGGACGAGUGGUACGAGAAUGAUCUGCAGUUGGCAGCGGAGUUGGGGAAGGCGUUGCUGGAGAGGAACCGAGAGUUAGAGACACAGGUGGUCGCCCUGCAUCAGACCAACCAUGAACAGGCGCUCGAAGUGCAGUUCUAUGCCAAGCAGCUGGAGACCGUGCGGUUGACGAACGAGUCCCGGAUGCGAGUGUACGAGGACCUGGACAGGUCAUCACAGGAGCUAGAGAAGACCAAUCAAAAACUGUUGAACCAGUCCAAGUCUGACAAGGACAAGAUUGACAGAUUGAGCAACACUGUGGAGCUUUUGGACUUCCGGGUGGAGGAUCUCCUCAAGAAGAUUGACGAGAUGAAAGCUGCAGAAAGACUCACAAAGAAGCAGGAAUCUCGCCGUGCCCUGAGUUUAGCCAGCCUCAAUGAAACGGUGGAGGCAAAGAAGGGGUACUACCUGGAGAACUUGUCCUGGACUUAUAAUGAAAAACUAAAGAAUCUGCCCAUGAACCCAUAUGAACAAGAGAUACGGCGACUACAGGAAACCCUCCAGCAUGUGAAGAGUUUGAAGUCUAUAGAGAAGCAUAAGAGGGAGGAUGUGGAACUAGAAAAUUCUAUUGUCAUUCAGGAAAAUCAAAUCUUGGAGAGGAGAAUAGCAACGCUCGAAGAACGUGUAUCACAAAUGAAAAGUUUGGAGGAGGAACUGGCGGAAGCCAAUGACCGUUGUGCAAAGAUUCUCUGCUGGAACUGUGACCGCAGUGUGGAGGAUGUGGAAUCGCAGUAUCACAUUCUGAAGGAAAUUGAACACGACCACCCAGAGCUGAAGACGCCUGGCAAGGCUGUGAAGCUGGGUGGUGGAGGCAGCCUGUAUGGUAGCUCAGAGUCAAUCAGCAAAGUGGCUGUGGAUGCAACAGAGAUUCUGGAAAAAGACGCAGAUGACUCGGGACUGUCUAUUCUGGACGAACUGGAGACACAGUACAAGAACCUAUUUCAGAAAUAUGAGGCAGUGAUCAAAGCCAAGAGACAGUUAGGCGAGUCAGAGGAGACUGCUGAGGAGAGGAUGCGGAAAAGGCUGGCUAAUAAGGAGGUCCAGACUCUCCUCAACCUCACCUUCACCAAGGAUUACACCCAGGACACGGGACAACCGGCUCCCUACAAGGUGUUGUUCAAGGAACUGUUCGCAACUCUCAGGAAAUCGAGAAUAGAAGAAGCAGCAGAGAAGACUUCCCCUGGGUCCAGCUCUGCCUCCUCGCCUGACGGCAGUGAUGAUAAGAACACUCAGACUUUCUUGUAGAUCUGAUGGUGAAAUGAAGCCUUUAUACAGUGCCCACCGUCACUGUCACACUGCAAUAAUAGUCAACACAGUACCCUGUCGGUCACACUGACGUCCAGAAGGUGCUGUUAACAUUGAACCUGACAGAGGUAAUCAGGAUCGAGGGUAUUCAAUUUUUCUGAUUGGUCAGGGUCUCUCAGCAGUAUGAUGUCACUCCUGUUCUUGGAUUGGUCAGAGUGACGGCAUUAUGUUUCCCUGACUGUCAGAGUGAAGGUAUUUCACUUCACUGUUUCCUCAGUGUGAGACUUGGCGGAUCCUGCACGUUCGUUCUGUGAUCAGUGAGUGAGUGAGUGAACGAGCUGAGGGUACAGGCCACUUCAUAUAGAUGCAUGUUCACUCUAAUUGUUUAUUGGUAGAACACACAUAAUGGUACUUGCCAAGUAUGGAGACAUGGCCAGAUCUACAAAUUAUUAGAGAUUGCUAUUUUAAUACCCACUAUACACUACAAUGCAAACUCUGUGUGACCUCACACAACACAACCAUCCUUCCUUUCAAGUCAGUCGAAUUCAUACUCCGACUUUGUUUCGCAGCUCACGGAGUGUUUCGUCCAGGUCUUCGUUAUAUAGGAAUCUUGCCAGGAUUUUGUCUCUAAAGUUGAAAGACAAAGAUUUGUGACGGUUCCAAUCGUUAUGUGUUGUGUUUCGUUUCUUUUCAUUUUUCCCAUAACCAUUUUAGUCCUUGAUGGCAUUUUGUUUCAAAUACUCGCAAGUCACACCCUACGCAUGUUGCACGUGUUGAGAACAAAGAAGAACCAAUUCUCGUGCAUCGUAAGGGAGGCAACUCAUUCGCAUGUAAAAUGUCUCCUUGCAAUAGCGUUCUUUACCAAAACGUAAGACGAGGCAUUCUUUACCUCGAGUCACAGACUCUUACCUCACUGCCACAGACGGUCACAUAGUCCCGUUAGUACGAAGCGACGCUAGUCUUCCCAUGAAAUGCCAAACAUUGAGAUGUCUGUCUCCUGGUAUGAUCAUUGAUACUAUUUACGUAUAUAUAUUCUUGUAUCACCUUCACUAGCAGCUUGUGUCAGCUGCGGGAAUGACGUCACUGUGUGUCACUAUAAACGAGCGACAGGUCAAUAUCAAAUUCGUUGAUAGAGAGCAUAACGGAGAUCGGUUUCCACAGCUCAGCUUAUUUUAAUGCUUUGUGCUAUCACAGUGUAACCUCGCAUAGCUUGAUUGUUGUUUCAUUUGCAUUAUCAAACAGUAACAGUACAAUACCCAGUCUAUUAAUCCAAUCAAUACACACUCCCUUUACCGCGCGUCGUGCUUUCAAAGGGAGAUAAUCCUGUCCCCAAUGGUAAGGUUCCGGUUUGUGGUAUUGGCGGUUCAAGUAACAUUUUCGUCACACUUCAUGCCCCAUGUUUGUUAUUCUGUUAUGCUUAUGUACAGUAGUAAUUGUGAAUAUUCUAUAUGUGAUAUAUGAAACAUGCCUACACGAAAACAGGACCAUGAUAAUAUACUUCAAAUAGUAUUUUCAAAAGUUUGGAUUCUUUGUCACAGAUUGCUUCCUUUAUGAGAAUGUAUAUUGUAUAUUGUAUAUUUUUAAAUGCAAAUUUCGCCCCAGAAUAGCAAUGUUGUAUGUAUACAGUUAUCAACUAACUCCAACACUUCCCUAGACAGGCCAAAGAGAAUCGCAUUCACAAAGGUCACACCCGAAUGGUCUUCGUCUUCAUCUAACUUGAAAAUCAAAAUAUUUGUGCUUAAUCAAACUAAUGACUUAUGUUAACAUGCAUAUGUUCUUUGGCAUUUUAUCAAAGAAGACAUCCGACAUGUGAGCUUUGUGAUUGUUUCCAUGACGACUACAUUGUAAGAUAUAAGUAUACUACCCACGUCUUCCUUGUACCACGCUGUUAUUUGUGAUAAUGUUGAGUGAUGUUCGCAAGCCGUAUUCCUGAAUUUUAUUUAUAUGCUUUAUUUACCUCAUCGAGGUUUACUGUUCAUGAAAUAAAAUCAAAUAUAUUAUGACAAUGUCCA